GGCGCUCCGCAGCCGCCACCGCUCCCGCCCGCUCCGCCGGGAUUACGCCGAGACGCAGCGGCGGGGCAGCGCUCCCAGGUAGAAACUGAAAGCAAUCUUAAACAUACCAGGUACAGAGCGGCAUACCGUAACCAUGAAUGACAUUGCACAGAAAACUGAGAUGAAAGAACUGCUUGCAUCUGAUGAAGAUGACGAUACAAAGUCAUCUAAGACAGACAAAGGUUAUGUUCCAAAGCUAAUAGGAACUGUUAAAGGCAAGUUUGCAGAAAUGGAGAAGCAAAGACAAGAAGAAGAAAGAAAAAGAACGGAAGAAGAAAGAAAGCGCAGAAUUGAGCAGGAUAUGAUUGAGAAAAGGAAAAUUCAAAGAGAAUUAGCCAAAAAAGCACAGGAGAUUGAUGACUUUAACAAUACGGGAACUGAAUCAGCAGCAGAGGAAGGGGAUGAUUCGCUACUGGUUACAAUAGUGCCUGUAAAACCCAACAAAACACCUGGGAAGAUGAAAAUAAACUUUGAUGACACAGGAAAAGAAAGAGCAGAACAAAAAGGCAGACCAGAUGAAGAAAUGAAGCUUAAACAUGAGGAACAAAACCAAUUCCUUAAGGAAACCAAGUGCCUUUCAUUUCUCACGGGUGAAAAUCAGGACAAUGAAACACAAGCAUCUCUGUCACCUGGUAAGCUGAAAGUAACUUUUGAAGAACUUGAAAGACAAAGACAGGAAAACCAAAGGCGGCAAGCAGAGGUAGAAGCAAAACAGCGUUUAGAAGAGGAAAAACGUGCCUUUGAAGAAGCGAGGCAGCAAAUGAUAAAUGAAGGUGGCCAUGAAGAAUCUGAAAAUUCUGGUAGAGAAUUCCGUCCUGGUAAACUUAGGCUCAGUUUUGAGGAGAUGGAAAGACUGAGGAGAGAAGAGGAAAAGAGGAGAGCAGAACAAGAUGCAAGAAGACGUAUAGAAGAAGAGAAAAGAGCAUUUGCUGAAGCACGGAAGAACAUGGUGCUGGAUGAUGAUGAAUCACCAGAAAUGUUUAAAACAUUUUCUCAAGAAUCUCUCAUCCCUGGUAAACUGGAAAUCAAUUUUGAGGAGAUGCUGAGACAAAAGAUGGAAGAAGAAAAGAGACGCACGGAAGAGGAGCGUAGGCAAAAGUUGGAAAUGGAAAAGCAAGAAUUCCAGCAGUUAAGACAAGAAAUGGGAGAGCUGGAAGAGGAGUCUGAAACUUUUGAGCUAAGCAAAGAAUAUGAAGAAUUAAUAAAGCUAAAAAGAAGUGGUUCCAUUCAAGCGAAGAAUCUGAAAAGCAAGUUUGAGAAAAUAGGACAAUUAUCUCAAGAAGAAAUACAGAAAAAGAUUGAAGAAGAACGAGCCAAAAGAAGAGCAAUGGAUGAAGAAAUAAGAGAAAGGGAAGCUGAGAAGUUUCAAGAGGAUGACGAGGUAGAUGUGAGACCAGCCAAGAAAUCUGAGGCUCCAUUUACUCAUAAAGUAAAUAUGAAGGCACGUUUUGAGCAAAUGGCAAGGGCUAGGGAAGAAGAAGAACAGAGGAGAAUUGAAGAACAAAAAUUACUCCGCAUGCAGUUCGAACAAAAAGAAAUUGAUGCUGCAUUACAGAAGAAAAGGGAAGAAGAAGAAGAUGAUGAGGGAAGCGUUAUUAAUGGUUCUACUUGUGAAGAUGAGGAAGAUCAAGCUCGAUCUGGAGCUCCCUGGUUCAAGAAGUCACUGAAAAACACAUCAGUUGUUGAUGGUGAGCCAGUGAGAUUUACAGUUAAAAUUAGUGGAGAACCAAAACCUCAAGUCACAUGGUGGUUUGAGGGGGAAAUGUUGCAGGACUCUGAGGACUAUCAAUAUAUUGAAAGAGGAGAAACCUAUUGCCUUUAUUUGCCCGAAACCUUCCCAGAAGAUGAAGGUGAAUAUAUGUGUAAAGCAGUCAACAACAGAGGCACAUCUGCUAGCACCUGUAUUCUCACCAUUGAAAGUAAGAGUUAGUAUUUUAAUUUGCUUAAAUCUCAAAUGCUCUUCUUGUAUCUUUCCUAUUAUGAAAAAUCUAUUAAUCUCUCUCUUAACCUUUUUAUUUUCUAGCUGAUGACUACUAAUGCUCUACUUUAGCUGGAAUCUUUCUUCCCCUCAAAACUUUCUUACUGCAUCAUCUCUUUUUCUGAUGGGGCCAACUAAAGAAAGCAAGGAUAUGCAUUGUCAUUCCUGCAUCAGAUAUGAAUAACCUUCAAGUUGUGCAUCCAGGUUCCUUGCUCAGUACAGAAUUUAGUAUGGCAGGCUAAAAAGAAGGAAUCAAUGUGUGAAAGAUCAACUAAAAGGAAAAACUGAAUGAUAGUGGCGCUCCCAUAUUUGAAGACCAACUGUUGUGUAAUAGUAUAAAGCUAAAUACACAAUCUGGAAACUUUUGUAGUAGUGUAAAUCUACUGGUAUAGUUUUGCAUGAGCACUAAAUAUUUAAGCUGUCUUACUUUAUCCCAGAGGCAUAGAACUGGCAAAAGGAAAUACUUAUCGAUGAUUUUUCAAGAACUCAGUGUAUUAUUUUUAAACAAUAAAAGAUUACAUAA